GCGGCGGGGACGGGCCGGGCUGGGCUGGGACGGGCGGAGCGUCCUGAGGCUCCCGAGGCUCCCGCCGCCCCCCUGCAGCUCCCGCCGCCCGCACACCGGCUCCCCGCCGCCCCCCGGGCCAGGCACCGGCACCAUGUCGGUGGCGGGGCUGAAGAAGCAGUUCUACAAAGCGACCCAGCUGGUCAGCGAGAAGGUCGGAGGGGCCGAAGGGACCAAGUUAGAUGAUGACUUCAAGGAGAUGGAAAAGAAAGUGGACGUGACCAGCAAGGCUGUCACAGAAGUACUGACCAGAACCAUAGAGUACCUCCAGCCCAACCCAGCUUCCAGAGCCAAGCUCACCAUGCUCAACACGAUGUCCAAGAUCCGCGGGCAGGUGAAGAACCCCGGCUACCCCCAGUCUGAGGGGCUGCUGGGGGAGUGCAUGAUCCGCUAUGGGAAGGAGCUGGGAGAGGAUUCCAACUUUGGGGACGCGCUCCUCGACGCCGGCGAAUCCAUGAAGCGCCUGGCGGAGGUGAAGGACUCGCUGGACAUCGAGGUCAAACAAAACUUCAUCGACCCCCUGCAGAACCUGUGUGACAAGGACCUGAAAGAGAUCCAGCACCACCUGAAGAAGCUGGAGGGGAGGCGCCUGGACUUCGACUACAAGAAGAAGCGCCAGGGCAAGAUCCCUGAUGAGGAGCUGAGGCAGGCCAUGGAGAAGUUUGAGGAGUCCAAGGAAGUGGCAGAGACCAGCAUGCACAACCUCCUGGAGACAGAUAUCGAGCAGGUGAGCCAGCUGUCAGCCCUGGUGGACGCCCAGCUGGAUUACCACAGGCAGGCUGUGCAGAUCCUGGACGAGCUGGCCGAGAAGCUCAAGCGCAGGAUGAGGGAGGCCUCCUCACGCCCCAAGAGGGAAUACAAACCCAAGCCCAGGGAGACGUACGACUUCAGGGAGCCUGACCAGUCCAACGGGGGCUUCUCCUGCAACCCCACCCCCAAAGUCUCAGCAGCUUCCGCCUCUUUCCGGUCGGACAAGCCGUCCCGGGCCUCCGUCAGGAGUAUCCCCCCCCUGGACCAGCCCUGCUGCAAAGCCCUCUACGACUUCGAGCCCGAGAACGACGGCGAGCUGGGCUUCAAGGAGGGCGACAUCAUCACCCUGACGAACCAGAUCGACGAGAACUGGUACGAGGGCAUGAUCCACGGCCAGUCCGGCUUCUUCCCGCUCAACUACGUGGAAGUGCUGGUGCCGCUACCUCAGUGAGCCCCGAGCGUCCCGAGCUCCAUUCCAGCUCCAGCCCCGCCUCCCGCCCCGCCUCGGGGCCGGCGCUGCCAGGGAACAAACCAGAAGGGUCCCACGGCCCCUUCCCCCCGUGAAGUUGGUUAUUUUCUUUUUUUUUUAUUAUUAUUAUUAUUAUUUUCUUUUUUUUUUUUGUCCUUCUGGUGCUUGAACUUCGGUACUUUGUGCGCCCCCAGCCCCAGCCGUGCUGCUGGCACUGCCCUGGCACUGCCCUGGCACUGCCCUGUCCCUGUCUCUCCCCACUUCCCAUCUUUCCUUUGGGUCCAGCGCCCGGAUGAGGCAGGUGAGAGACUGGGAUGUGUCCUGGUCACACGGGUGGGCAGGUGGCACAGCCCAGGUGUGUCCUGAACACACAAAUGGGGCAGGUGGCACAGCCCAGGUGUGUCCUGGGCACACGGGUGGCCCCAGGGCAGGGCAGCCCCACCCUCAUGCCCCAGAAACGCUGCCCCUGAUCGUGGAGGGAUCCCAGAGGGAUCAGGGGAGGGGAGCUGGGGCACAGCAACACUAAAACAGCCAGAGAACACUAAGGCAGCCCUGCAGGGCAGGUGCUGAGCCCUGCCUGGGGCUCGGGGCCAUCCCUGGGGCUCAGAGCCAUCCCUGGGGCUCAGAGCCAUCCCUGCCCAUCCUGAGGGACAGUCGGGGUAUCCCCUGCCCCCCUGGCUCCCUCCCCACAGAGCUCAACCCCAUCAGGGGGGCUGCUCCUUCUGCUCGUGGUUCUUUCCUGGACCUCAGGCUUUUCCUGCUCCAAACUCUGCCGUGUCUGUCACAGAUGAUCUGGAGGAUCAACUGGAGGUGGGGGAGCUGGGCCACAGCCCGGGGUGUCCCUGUGCUGGGGCAGAGGUUCCUCUGCCUGUUCCCCCUUCCUGGGCAUCCCUCCUGUGACUGGAGCUCACCUGGCCCUCACGUGCCUUCCCUGCACCCCACCCUGCCCCAGCAAGGCACCCCUCUGCCCCUGGGGUGCUGGGAAAAGGGAUGGUUCAUCUCAAUGGCACUUCUGCCAGCCCUUCUCCCUCAGCUGAGCUUCUCCUGGCCAGAGGAGGGCACGGGGUUGGCACGGGGCUGCAGGGCAGUGCCUGCUGGGCUCCGUGGUUUCCCUUGCUGCAAAAGUGGGGCUGGGACGGGCCCCAGCCCUGCUGUGUGAGCCCCAGCUCUGCAGGGCUGGGGGAUGAGUCCUGGGCUGUGCUCAGCACCCCUGUCCUGCUCUGUGAGCCCCAGCUCUGCAGGGCUGUGCCCAGCACCCCUGUCCUGCAGCUCUGCAGGGCUGUGCUCAGCACCCCCAGCCCUGCAGCACCCCCAGCCCUGCUCCUCCUGCUCCUGUCUCUGUAAGGAUUUGGUCCGUGCAUGUCCCCGUGUGUCUGACCCCGAGCAGUGACCCCGGCCCCGGGGGGGCACAGGGCAGCCCCCCCUGCUCCCAGCAGGGCAGGGAGCCCGUGGGACGGGAGUCCUGGGGGUCCUUCCCGCUGUCCCCUCCCUGCUGGGGACACUGGCUCCCGCUCAGGUGGAUUGAAACGCGUUCUGUCAGCUGGGACACCUCGCUAGAUCUCUUUUUUUGUUUGGUUUUGUUUUGUAAUGGUUUCUCCUGGUUUUUAGGGGAAAAAAAAUGAUGACCCACAAUUCUUGACUUGUAUCUCUGAAUGAAAGUAUUAAAUGUUUUCUUCUUUCUAA